AUAUAGAUGGCGACACAUUUGCUUCAUAUGUUUGUUCUCCGUAGAACAAAAUUGAUUGUUUACCUUCAAUUACCAUUGUUAGCAUCAAAUAUUAAUUGUCUUACUUUGUUCUUUAAUUGUGUGGUAAAUUGUUACAUUGUCUUUUCAAGUUUUCCCUUAAUCAAUUAUUCUCAAUGGAUAAUCGUGAAUACGCAGGUCCACUAUCCCGGAUGCUAAGACAAGCGUUGCGUUACCUGAACGCUCCUGGAAGAAAUUGUCCAGAAUUUGUUGAUCGUACUUUGAACACAGCAAUUCAAAGAAUUGAAUUGAAUGAAGCUGAACGUGGACGUUUGGUUAGAGCCAUGACUGAAAUUCGUUCAUUGCGGCAGACUGAAGACUAUCUCGAGAAUGAGAUAAGUUCAUUGGUAGAUGAACUCACUGAAGCCGCCGGCAAAAUGGAUGAGCUGUCUGAAAGAAUUUAUGAACAAUCAGAGAAGAUUGAAAAAUUAGAAGGUGAUCUGAAUGAAAGGGAUGAGUACAUAGACUAUCUACUUAUUCGCCUUGAAAGAUAUACAGGUUUACCAAAAGAUGACUUUUAUUUUCGUUACCUUCGCUGGUGUGAGGCCAAAACUAGGGAAAUUGAGCUCAAAGAGCAGGCAAAAAAUCAAGAGAAUUCCCCAUCACGAGGCCUUUAAUUUUUUUUCAAACAGAAAUUAAAACGCUAUAAAAUAGCUUAUUCCACUUAAUUGAUCAAAAGUUUCCUUAUUUAUUCAAAAUACGCGCCAAAAAAAAUGACCUGAAAGUUUGAUCCAAAAGUGACACUUUGGUCUAGAGUGUUGA